GGUCAAAGCAGCUUGACGCAGAAGGCUGCAAAUUACUAAAAGUUGCACCCCUUGUGCUUAUACUUCAUCUCAUGUCGCCUCCCAAGUACGUAGGUUUCCUUGACUUGAAAUGAAAAUUAGCAAUUAGUUUUUAGCAAAAUGCUGACCUUUUUGAACUAAUAGCUAUCAGAAAAAGACAAAUAUUAAUACAGCAUAUAGAGAUUAUUUAGAAAAUGUGAACGCACAGCAUACACGUUAUACAUUAACAAAGGAUUUGGCCACUGUCCCACGUGUUCUUUCUUUACUGACAAUAUUGUAAAAUAAAAACCUGCCUUUGACCUCAAACAAUGCUGUGUUCAGCACUAGAUUUACCUUACAUUGCAAGAUAGUUUCAUAACUGGUUGUGUACAGAAGUACUAUAUAAUCCAUUCCACUCCACAAGCAUCUGAACCAUAUAAAGUGUCUCUCUAGAUUGAAUGAUGCACAAGUAACCAAGAAGUCCAGGUCUGUAAAAUCCAGAACUUUUAUUUGUAAGGUAUAAAUAAACAGAUAAUAUGUGUUUUUAUUUAAAUCCUUUCAAUGGUAUUGUUGUAUUAUAGUUGUAUAAUGUAUGCUCAUGCCUUUUGAUUCACGCACCAAGGGUAAAAAGGAUUUAAAGAUUUUUACCCUAUACUGAAAAUGAUUCUGAACGUAAAAGUGAGAGUACUUUUGAAUAAUACUCCAUGAGCAAAGUCAGGUUUUAAAAUGAGUGAAGAUGGGGGAAAUGGGUUGUGCUGACUAGCAGGCUAUAACCUCACUAAUCUUAUUUGUUCAGUGUGGUUGACUCUUGAGCUGGUGUGGGAAAAUCUUUCGCCAAGGACUUUAAAGCCCUAAGGGCUCUCAUUAAUAUACGCAAAUUCAUACAUACCAAACAUACAGGUUCGCCAGCUCACCUUGGUUUAGAGUGCAAAUGUGUUAAGAGCUUCGCUCAGCAGGGACACUUGCAUCCUCGGUCAUGAAUAAGCGGUUGACAACUUAUGAGACAUUACCUUUGUUAAAGGCUUCGUUUUCUUUUCACAAAAUCCGCACAAGAAAGUCCAGACUGUGUUCCAUUGUCAAGAUCAUAACACACAUGUCACUGUGCAAAUUUUUUGCUUUAGUUCUAUUGGGGGUUGUGGUGUACGUAGUGAGCGGGAUCACUGGAGACCCCCUGUAUGAAUGCCUUCAAGACACAGACUAUAGUGAGCUCCUAGAUAUUGUGGAUAAAGGACUACCUGCCACAAAGACACCUCAACACAUAGCAAUUAUUGGUGGGGGCAUUGCUGGACUCACCGCAGCCAAAUUUUUGGAAGAUGCUGGCCAUAAGGUGACCGUAAUAGAAGCCAGUCACCGUGUUGGAGGACGCAUUGAGACGUUCAGGAACACAAGAGAAGGCUGGUAUGCAGAAUUGGGUGCCAUGCGGAUCCCCAGCUUUCAGAAGAUUCUGCUCUCCUUUGCUUCCAAAUUGCAAAUUCCCUUGAACCAUUUUAUCCAAGAUGACAGGAACACCUACUUUUUACUAAAUGGCAAACUUCAUAAAAACUUUGCUGUGGCAAACAACAAUGAUGCGCUUAACUACACACUAACUGAGGGAGAAAGGGGGAAAUCAGCUGGGCAGCUCUUCAGUGAGACUCUGUGGAAGGUGAGAGAUGAUCUUCAGACAAAUGGCUGCAGUGCAACCCUAGCAAAAUAUGAUUCCUACACAGUCAAAGAAUACUUGGUGAAAGAGGGCAAUCUGAGUCGUGGUGCGUUGCGGAUGAUUGGAGACAUCUUGAAUGAAAACAGCCUCUUUUACACCUCCAUGAAAGAGAUGUUGUACAUGCAGUCCGACAUCAAUGACAACACUGAGUACUAUGAAGUGACCGAUGGUUUUGAUCACCUCACAACAGCUUUGUACAGGAUGUUAAACGCCACAACCAUCCUAAGCUCCAAAGUGAAACUCAUCAACCAAUCAGGAGGCAGAAGCGUGACAGUGUCGUACCAAGAUCUGCGUAAUCCAGGCUCCCUGACCAACCUGACAGUCGACCAGGCCCUGGUUACAGCCACAGCCAAGGCUACUCUCUUCCUUGACUUCCAGCCAGCACUUUCUAGUGACAAGAUGGAAGCCCUGCGCUCAGUUCACUACAUGAGCGCCACCAAAGUGAUACUCAGCUUCAGGGAGCGCUUUUGGGAGAAAGAGGGCAUCAGGGGAGGGAAGAGCAUCACAGACCGACCGUCUCGCUUCAUUUAUUACCCCAGCCACGGUUUCCCAGGAACGGAUGCGGGGGCCCUGCUGGCAUCUUACACUUGCUCUGAUGAUUCCACCCUCUUUCAAGGUGUGAGCGAAGAUGAGCUAAAAGCUGUGAUCCUUGAUGACUUGGUUAAAAUCCAUGGUGCAGAUAUCAGGUCUCUUUUUACUGGUGGACUGGUGAAGAAGUGGGACUUGGACCCCUAUAGUCUGGGAGCGUUUGCGCUUUUCACACCCUACCAGGGCCGCUAUGCCAGAGAGCUAUUCCAAAGUGAGGGACGAGUGCACUUUGCAGGGGAACACACAGCUUUACCUCAUGGCUGGAUAGAAACUUCUAUGAAAUCUGCUCUUAGAGCAGCUAAAAAUAUUAAUAGCCUCACAAUUUAACCCUCGUUAAUUGGGGAGGGGGAAUUUUAAAUCCAGUCAUCUUUUUUAUUUCAGUCAGAUGUGUUUUAUAGAUACAUAAAGUUGUUGUAUUUAAAUCAUUUGUAUUCAAAUAUAUCAGUAAUCACUUUACAAUGGCUGUUUGCUCUAACUUUCUAAUUCAGAAGUUUGAGAAUUCAAACACCUGAAAUAUUUCAGUCUAUAGAAUCAAUUGUUAAACAUGUUCCAGAUGGUGGUGAUUUUAUCUUAUAGCAGGGAUUAUAAUAUGAAACACUUUAUGAUAUCUAAGAUUACAUAAAUUACAAUGUGAUAUUUAUAAUGAGUAUGUUAGUGACAUUGAUUUGACUUUACAAUGCAGUUCACAAGACUGACAUUGACUAGACACGCAAUCUCACGUUAAUUGAAGGCUUGUCUUUGCGCUUCGGUGUGAACAUGAGUCAUUUGUAACUUGACCAUGCAUUACGUUUACGUGUGCUGUUAUCGCAAACAUUUACAGCAGUUAUAUUGUACCUUAAAAGUUUCCAGAUUUACAAAGGUAAGAUUUGUAUUUAACAAUUUAGUGUGUGUUUUCUGUAGUAAGUAAAAGUUUUACGUUAACGCCACGAGUUAUGUUGAGCAGAAUCUUCUGCACUCUCUAAUAUAACAUUAAAUGCUAGAACUGUAUAAAAGGUUCUCCCGAUGAAAACAAAAUAAUACAUUUUGUCAGUUACAUCAGGGUAAUGUGUCAAAAACAACAAUUACAUUUUAGCUUCAGUUUGCAUGGGCAAAAGAGAUAUAACUGAAUUAUUUGAGAUGUGUUUCUAAUACUUUGAUUUCCUUAUCAUAAAUUGACAAUCAAAACUGCAACAAUACGAUGUAGUUCUGCACCACCUUGUUACUAUAGAUGCCUUCUAAAUGCAGUUCUAAUGUUCUGUGGACAUGCUAAUGUUUUGUUUGAUAUGAUACUGUAUGUUCUUACAUAUUUUUGUUGUGUGAACUAUUUGUUGUCAACUUUUUGAAAA